AUGGAGGAGCAAUAUUAUGAUGACCACAGCAAUUCCAAUUUCAAAGAUAUAAUGCCCACAGCUAUAUCCUCCUUUUUCUCGGCCUAUGCCCCCUUUGCUGGUUACAUGUUUAUGCUCCAAUCCAUGAACACCAAUUUCCUCCCUUACGAGUUUAACUCAUACGUAUACUCGUACUUAAAAUCAAGCCUCAGCUACCUCUUGGACCCUCAAGCCAAUCACAUAACGCUCCUCAUCGACAACUCUAGCGAUGAAGACUACUCGGACGAAAUCUAUGAUUCUGCUGAGGUCUAUCUUGCGACCAAGAUCAACCCGAAAACCCAAAUCUUUCGAAUUAGCAAAGCACCAAAACAAAAGGUCCCCAUCCUUGGUGUUACCACCAACCAAGAAAUCACUGACACUUUCGAAGACAUUAACGUGAAGUGGCGGAUGAUCUUCCCUAAAGAAAACGAUGGUUACUACAGUAGCGUCUAUAAGAGCCGCAUGGAGCUAACAUUCCACAGGAAACACAAAGACAAAGUUAUAAACUCGUACAUCCCCUAUGUGUUGGCUCGGGCCAAGGCUAUCAAAGAUGCAGAAAAGACUCUGAAGCUUUAUAGUUACAAUAGUAAACGAUGGAGUUGCAUCGAUCUUGAGCACCCGGCUACUUUUGAGACAAUGGCAAUGGAGCCGGAGCUGAAGAGGAUGAUCAUAGAGGAUUUGGACAAGUUUGUGAAGAGGAGGGAGUUCUACAAGAGAGUUGGUAAGGCUUGGAAGAGAGGUUACUUGUUGUAUGGUCCACCCGGUACUGGAAAGUCUAGCUUGGUUGCGGCCAUGGCUAAUCAUCUCCAUUUUAAUAUCUAUGACUUGGAACUUACUAGUAUUUCCAGCAAUGAUAAGUUGAGGAAGGCCUUGAUGUCUACUACAAAUCGUUCUAUUGUGGUGUUUGAGGAUAUUGAUUGCAGCAAGGGAUCCAUAAACCGGGAAUCAGCAGAGAAGAAGUUUAUGGUUUCCGAAGCCAAGUUUACACUCUCGGGUCUACUGAAUGUCGUCGAUGGUCUGUGGUCAAGUUGUGGUGAUGAGAGGAUUAUUGUGUUUACCACCAACCACAAGGAGCGGCUAGACCCUGCAUUGUUGAGGCCUGGUCGAAUGGACAUGCACAUUCACAUGUCGUAUUGCACCCCAAAAGGGUUCAAGACCUUGGCUUCAAACUACCUCGGCAUUCAGGACACCAGCGAACAUCGCCUGUGUGGAGAAAUUGAAGCAUUGGUGGAAAGCACUAACAUCACCCCUGCAGAGGUUUGUGAGGAGCUUAUGAGGGGUGGGGGUGAUGGUGAUGAAGCCGAUGCUGCUCUUGAAGGACUUGUCAAUUGUCUCAAGCGUAAGAGGCUCGAGACCAACAAGAUAGAGGAUGAAGAGGUUGGGAAAGCAAAGAGGCAGAAAACAGAUUAUAAUGCAUCUGAAAUUUCCGAAAAUUGGUAG